ACCGCCCCCACUCGCCACCAGCCGGGGCUAGAGAGAGGGCACCCGAAAAUACACCCUCCCGUCUGCCCACUUAGCAACCACCCCCGCGCCGGGGGCCGCUGCGCCCGGCUGGAGGGAGGAGGCGGCGGAGGCGGGGAAGGAAUCGGCCCCAAUGCGUCCAGGGAUGAGGCUAGGCGGCCGCGGUGCGCACGGCUGCUCUGCGACCGCCUCACUGCGGAGCCCGCCGCCCCCCGCCCCCCCCCCCCGCACCGCCCGCGUACUCAGACGCCACUGGAGACCCGGCUCCCCGCGCCGCCCCCGCCCGGGCUCUACAGCUUCCCCGCCCCCACCCCGCUCCCCGGGCGCAGGGCAACGGCGGGACAGCCGCGUUCUCCCGGCCUGGGCCCGCGCCCCUCCUCCCGCCGCCCAGGAGCCAGCCCGGGAGACAGCCCCAGUUCUGCCCAGCCUGAUGAAGACCGGUGGUGACCUCUCCGUGGGAAACCUGGGCGAUGGAGGGAAGGCGGUUGUUCCUCGGCGAAGUCAAGCUCUUCCUCCUUUAUGAGUGAUUUUUCACCCUUUCCCUCGGGGUAGCUGGUGAUAGACCCUACAAGUGGUUCGUCCAGCUCUUGCCUCUCUCGCCGUGAAGCCGGCUCACUUUAGCCUGAUUCGGGUGCCCUUCCCGAGCCACUCCUAGGAAGUGGGGACGUCCCGGGUGCGGUGGAGGCCCCGCGAUGGCCUGAGGGCUUGAGUUCUCCCCCUACCCAUGUACCGUGAGAUGGACACGGGACGUUUCCUCGAGACUUGGCAAGUGCUAGAGCCGAUUCUCAACCAGCUUGCCUACCCUCGCAAUCCCCGAAGCUAUGUAGAAAUUCUGGAACCGCCACUGUUGAGGAGAAAAGAUGGUGUCAUCACCAGGACCACGAAUAGAAAUGCUCUUUAGAAAACAGCCUGGAGAAACUGACUUUCUGCGUGCUCUGUAAGUGCCCAAAGCGGCACUCUAAGCCUUCAGAGCGGAGAGGGGCCUUCUCCGUUGUUAAAAAAAAGCCCUAAGGCUUUUCUCCUAAAGCUCUGACCCUCAAUACCUGAAUAAAAAUUUUUUCAAAAAAUAAAUAAUAAUAAUGAUGAUAAUAGUCAAACAGCUAGGAUCAUGCUUAUGUCUCAAAUCAGUAGACAUG